GACCGGGCCGCCCGCCAGGGGACGCUCCGCUCUCGGUCGGGCCGCUUCUUCGGGCUCCGAGGCCGCCGCCGCCGCGAUGAUGGGCGAAGGGGAGGCCUCGGUGGGGGUGGCCGACCCGAAGCCCCCCUGCCCGGUCGUCGGCCCGCUCUCCAUGUCGGCGCCGCCCGAGCCGGCCUUGCAGGCCGCAGCUGAGGAAGUGACGACGCCGACGACUCCCACCGUCGCCUCCGCCGCAGCGGUAGCCUUGGCGGCGGCGGCAGCAAUAACUACGGCCGCGACGGCCCCUCCUCCGCUGCCGCCGCCGCCGCCGCUUCCCGUGCCGCCGGUGCCCGUGGUCUGGAGCCCCGAGGUGGAGGUGUGCCUCUUUCACGCCAUGCUGGGCCACAAGCCCGUCGGUGUGAACCGCCACUUUCAUAUGAUCUGCAUCAGGGAUAAAUUCAGUCAGAAUAUCGGGAGGCAGAUCUCUUCCAAAGUCAUCUGGGAUCAUCUCAGCACGAUGUACGAUAUGCAAGCCCUG